UGUGCCUUCAACAUCUGCCGAGCAUUGUUUUGGACAGUUUUUAUUUCAUGUUGGUUAACGUGUCAGGGUAUAUCGUGUCGCUAGAUAACAUCAUAAUUUCCUCAUCAGGGAAAACAGCGUUAUGAGUGAAUGUGAGAAAUGAUAUCCUGUGGGUUGGUAAUCCCAGCGCUCUUUCAGCUGAGUUUGUUGUUGUUUUGGACACCAUACAUCAACGGCAGAACAUUGGAGACAUGUCCUACGGGCAAGGCAUGUCGAUCAGAAAGACCUCCCGUAAUCCUAAUUCCUGGAGACCUGGGGAACCAGCUGGAGGCCAAGCUGGACAAGCCCAGUGUGGUCCACUACAUCUGCUACAAAAAGACAGAUGUCUACUUUACAUUAUGGCUCAACCUGGAACUGUUGGUGCCAGUGGCCAUCGACUGCUGGAUUGACAACAUAAGGCUGAUUUACAACCGCACAACAAGGCAGACAGAAGCACCUCCGGGUGUAGAUGUCAGGGUGCCUGGCUUUGGACAGACCUUCCCCUUGGAAUACCUUGAUCCCAGCAAGCAAGGUGUUGGCAUGUAUUUCUUCACCAUAGUGCAGGCGCUGGUGGAGUGGGGAUACACGAGAGAUGACGAUGUUCGAGGAGCUCCCUAUGACUGGCGUAAAGCACCAAAUGAGAACAAGGCCUACUUUCUGGGUCUGCAACAGAUGAUUGAGGACAUGGCAGAGAAGGCUGGGUGUCCAGUUGUCCUGAUGGCCCACAGCAUGGGGAACAUGUACACCCUGUAUUUCCUAAACCAACAGCCCCAGGCCUGGAAGGAUCACUACAUCAAGGCCUUUGUGUCCCUGGGGGCACCUUGGGCUGGAGUAGCCAAAACACUGAGAGUCGUAGCUACUGGUGAUAAUAACCGCAUACCAGUCAUCAGUUCCUUGAAGAUGCGCUCACAGCAGCGCUCCGCUGUCUCAACCACGUGGCUGUUCCCGUACGCACAUUCCUGGCCCACCGACAAGGUGCUUAUCCAGACACCCACCACCAACUACACAGUGAAGGACUACCAACGCUUCUUCAAGGAUCUUGAUUUCGAAGACGGCUGGGAAAUGCGUCAGGAUACCGAGCCCCUGGUCAGUGCCCUGGAGCCUCCCGGGGUGGCCAUCCACUGUCUCUACGGUAGCGGAGUGCCCACCGCAGAGGGUUUCCUGUACACCAGCUUUCCAGAUACAGACCCAACAACGGUUCUCGGAGAUGGAGAUGGGACGGUCAAUCUGCUGAGUGCCGCCCAGUGCAGGCGUUGGAUAGGCCGCCAAACUCAACCAGUCCAUAUGCUCGAGCUGGAGGGGAAUGAGCAUGUGAAUAUGUUGCUCAACUUUACCACAGUCGCCUACAUCAAGAAGGUUCUCUUUGGCCCCUGAGUGACCUCAAUCUGUUACUGCUCCUCAGCUUAUCUUAGUUCAUGAACUGUGAUGGUACAAAGACAAGAUGACUGAUAGGCUUGUGGACACAUGACGGCCACUGUGCCUGAGGAGGACUUGAUGACAGCACUAAAAUGUUUUACACAAGCCAUGAUUUUAUCAUUAAUUAUCCCCCUGAGCAAACAAUUACUGUUCAUUCCCCUUUAAUGUUCAUCCAACAUCCAAAUGUUAUCACGUUAAUUGAUCUUGUUGAAAAUGUAUGUGUACUGAGUUUUCUAAAAUCUCAGAAAUUACCUGUUGGUUUCAUAUAGCGCUGAACCAAAAAUGCUGUGAUGUUACAAUGUCAUACCUAAAGUUUAGCCACAAUUUGAAGCCAGGAAUAUUGUGCCAUCAACGUCAGUAGUUUCACUGUACACAUCAGCCAAGUGAACACAAGAUAUAUAUUGAUAACUUUAGUACACACAAAUUGAACUAGGGGUAUCUGUUUUUGACAAUUUUUUCAGUUACUGAGCUUGUUAGAUUUUAUUUCCGCCCUUGGUCAGCAUAUCUAUAUUUAUACGGGUGUAUUUAAAAUAUUCUUCAUGUCUAACAUAAAAUAAUUAUCACAUUUACACCUUUUCAUUUAGUCUAUAAGAUGUCUGCUAUUAUUGUGCAAUUGUUCAAAUUUCUCUUAACCAGGUUCAAUUUAGAGUAGAACCGUUUCCUAUGUGAUCUUCAGAAUUAGCAUUGUCUGCAGUAUUAAGGUGUUAUAUUUUUUUUCUGAAGCUGAUUGUUUACUGGGAAUGCACAGGGAGGCAUCUGAACAGCUGGAUUGAAACGGUGCCAUUGCUCUAUGGUUGAGCUUGAACACGAUGUUAUCGCUGCAACUAUCGUGAUCUGUGUUUGUGCAGCUGCCUUGUGAUGAUCAAGUAAAUGUCAUGUUGAACUUUG